UUGUCGUAAAGAGGCAUUAUAACUGGACGUGUGAUCUCAAUAAACAGUCAACAUGAAUUUGGGAGUCUUGUCAGCGUUCCUGCUCUUGGUGACCGUGUCAAACGCUUUCGUUGUGGACUUCGUAAAGGAUCUCUUCUCUUCCUGCAGUGAAGCUAAGAACCCUAUCAACCCGGUGCAAGAUAUAUCCACCACGUGUAUGCAGCAAGCGGCAGAAGGCUCCUGUGCUUUCUACGACUGCUUUGAGCAGAGAUAUCCUUGCGGGAACUGUGGUUUUAACAAGCAUUAUAGUACCUACGACUGUGAGAAAUUCUAUCAACCUGUCUACUACAACCAGUUCAAUGAGUUAGGGAAAAGAUGGAUCAAUGCAACAGGUAACUGCCUUAUCACCACACUGAAGCAGUUCUACACACAGGCCACCGUCAGGUGUAGGAUGGUCAAGACCACCAUGAUGGACCACGUGUCCACGUGCUACCUCCACAACGCCGCCAACAUCAGCUUCUGUGACAUCUUCUGGGACAACAGGGAUGCUCUGAUGGGAGUGUAUGAAGCUGAGAGCUUCUUACAGCCCACAGAAAUUCACAGGAUUUUGUUUGAAGUCGGACAGAUUGCAGCGAGCUGUACCGGAAACAGAGCUUCCGAAUUCCGGAGCCUUGCCACAGAGAGACUGACGCCCUUGCUUACCGAGGUCAGAGGACACGUGGAGGAGGCCGGUAGAACGGUUGGAGACUGGUUUAGAGGAAUCUUCACCAAAUAGAAAAAAAUUAUCAAAAAAAUCCAUUCCGACCUCUCAUUGGAGGAAAUCCACUUUCAUUUUUUUUAAUUUUAAGUGCAAUAUUGUGAACACUUACACUUUUGAUAAAGGCAUUAUAGCUACAUUUUUUUUUGCAAACAAGGGUUUCGUUAUCAUUGUAUUUUUUAUGCAAUUUGUUAUUUAACAAAGCCUCUUCUCUUCAAAUGGUUAAUUAAGUAUUCCUUUUACGAACAUUGACUUGAUUUAUAGCAUCGCUAUGCAGAUGGAAAAACAAUGUUUAUAAUUAAAUUAAUUUCUGACGUUAAGUGCUAUAAAUGAAACGAAUAUAACUGUGUUUUCUUAUCAAGCAAAUUUACGCCUGUAAUAAAUAAAGCAACCUCUCCUUCUACAAA